CACACUUCCUGCUUCACUUUAAUGCCAUGCUUCAGACAGACUCAGAUUUUAUACACAGUCUAUGACUCAGACCCGCUCCAAGUACAGCUGGAGUGCUGUAUAAAACAUUCAGACCGCUGUUUUACUUCUAUUAACACGGCAGCUGACAGCGAGGAUAACAGGUCGCUGAAGCCGUGGAUGAGCAUCACGGAGAGGCGUCACACGCAGAAAUCCGCCCGGCCGUCACGGUUAACGGUGACGGCGCUGUUUCUGUCCGUCUGUCUGUUAAUUUGACUUUGAAGGAGCUCUGUCUUUAUCUCGCAUCUGCUGGCCGCAGACAUGAGCGGAAGAGUAGGAGACCUCAGUCCUAAACAGGCUGAAGCACUGGAGCAGUUUCGAGAGAGGAUACAAGACAUUCUUCCUCAACUUCCUGCACAGCAUGACCACUUCCUGUUACGCUGGCUCAGAGCCAGGAACUUCAAUGUCCAGAAGUCUGAGGCCAUGCUGCGAAAGCAUUUGGAGUUCAGGAAACAGAUAAAAAUAGACACAAUAAUCACCGAAUGGCGUCCACCAGAGGUGAUAGAGAAGUAUCUGUCAGGAGGGAUGUGUGGUUAUGACCGUGAGGGCAGUCCCAUCUGGUACGAUGUCAUCGGACCUGUGGAUCCCAAAGGCCUCUUCCUGUCUGCCUCCAAGCAAGACUUCAUCAAGUCCAAGAUCAGAGACUGUGAGGUCCUGCAGAAGGAAUGUAACCUCCAGUCGCAGAGGCUGGGGAGGAACGUGGAGUCAAUCACCAUGAUCUACGAUGUUGAAGGUCUGGGUCUGAAACACUUAUGGAAGCCUGCUAUAGAAACAUAUGGAGAGGUACAGAGACACACAUACAGUGUAGACAAAGACCUCACAAAACUAAGACGUGAAGCAGACUAUUCGGAUGGUCGACAUCUCCAAGUACAGUAUGUUCCUCUGUGUCUCCAGAUCCUCCAGAUGUUUGAAGACAACUACCCAGAAGGCUUGAAAAGGCUGUUUGUCAUUAAAGCCCCCAAACUCUUUCCUGUGGCCUACAACCUCGUCAAGCACUUUCUGAGUGAGAACACGAGACAAAAGAUCUAUAUCCUCGGGGCUAACUGGCAGGAGGUUUUACUGAAGUACAUUGAUGCAGAGGAGCUGCCGGUGAUAUACGGGGGCAAACUGACGGAUCCUGAUGGAGAUCCUCGCUGUCGGACCCGGAUAAACCAUGUCGGCCCAGUUCCCUCCUCCUACUACGUGCGGGACCAUGUUAAGGUGGACUACGAGCAGUGUAUGACCGUCAGUCGAGGUUCCUCCCAACAGCUGGAAUAUGAGAUUCUGUUCCCGGGCUGCGUUCUCAGGUGGCAGUUUGCCACUGAGGGUGCAGACAUUGGUUUUGGGGUGUUUCUGAAGGCUAGAAAGGGCGAAUGGAAGAAGGCAGCUCAGAUGCAGGAAGUCGUGCCCAGCCAGCGCUACAACACCCACUUAGUGCCCGAGGACGGAUCACUGACCUGUGAACGCCCAGGAGUCUAUGUUCUGAGAUUUGACAACACCUACAGCAUCUUCCAGGCCAAAAGAAUCAGCUUUAGUGUUGAGGUCCUGCUCCCUGACCACUUACAGUCCCCACGGACCAACGGGGGGACCAGCAACUGUGUGCAAGCUGAGGGCAACAGUCAACCAUAACCAAGAAGAUGACACAAUGUGCCACUUCCAUGUUGUCAGAUCAGUAAUGUUUAGCCGCCACUAGUAAGCACAGCCUGAGAGACUUGAGUUCAACAGGAAGUGCAACACGCUGCCAAUACAUGAAAAGUAUUUAAGCCAUGUCAAGAUCUGAAUGUUUGACCCUUUAAUCAUCUUUAAUGAUGACCUUAUUCACGUGCCGUUAACUUGGAAACAUUUAUGAAACAAAGGAGGGACACACAUAAUAUGGCCAAAAGUAUGUGGACACCCGUUACUAGGCUUGAGCGAGUACUCGGCUGAAACGAGUAUCUGGUACAGAUAAUGUCCUUUGGUACGAGUAUCAUCAGUAAAAUGUGUCAAUAAUCAACUUUAUAAAAAAAAAAAAAUUAACUUGUUCUGUAAAUAGUUCUAUUACUCUUGUAAUCAAAAACAUUGCUCUGAAGCUCAAUUCAGAGGCUGCUCUGUAAAUAGUUUUCUAAUAAAUACAGCAACUUCUGAUCAACCCAUAUCAAUUUCAGACUAGCAGGUAGAGCUGGUGCAGAUCAAUAAUUUUAUUAACAAAAAAAGGCUCAAACUGAAUUGUCUCAGCAGGUAAGCAGUCCAAAACAGAAACACAAAUCCAACAGUGAGCAGGGGAAAUCCAAAAGCCACAGACAGGCAAGGUACAAGGGACAUGAAGAAUCCAGGGGAGCAACAAACCAGGGUGCUUGACAGAGAUACAAUGUACAACGACGAGCCAACACAGAACAAAAGGAAGAACACAGACUAAAUACACUCAGGUAGGGGAGACAACGAGACACAGGUGCAACUAAUUAGGGCGGGGCAAACAAUCAAAACUGGAGGGAAAAGCAAACAAAGACAGGAAGUGAAACAGCAAGACAUGAGGGAAGAAGGCUAUUUCAAAAUAAAACAGGAAAUAACAGAACACAAACCCGAAACCAUAACAGUUUCAAUAUGACAAUGCCCCCGUGGACAAAGCAGGUCCAUAAAGAAAUGUUUUUCCCAGUUUGGUGUCUAAGAACUUGACUGGUCUGCAACCUCAACCCCGUCCAACACCUUAUCACCCAACAUCAGUGUUGGACCUCACUGAUGCUCUUGUGGCUGGAUGGGAGCAAAUCCCUGCAGCCAGGUUCCAAAAUCUGAGCGGAGGCUGUUAUAGCAGCAGAUAAAUGCCCAUGGUUUUGGAAUGAGAUGUUCAACAAUACCAUAUGGGUGUAAAGGUUGGGUGUCCACAUACUUCUGGCCAUGUGGCAAAGCUUCAUAUUUAAUGUAUCUAGUUCUGUUGUAACAUUUGAUUGUUGCUAGGAGACUUGAAAAUCCUUGGACACAGAUGUUAAGUAGCAAAUUGAUGUUCAGCUAGUUACCUCAAGAGUUAACAGUAUAUCAUCGCAAUAUUAGAAGUCUGUUAGCUCACCAGCAAGUAAGCUAACUAGCUUUCCUGCUAAAGUCAAGUAACAGUCUUGCUCCCGAGAUUGCUAUUUAUAUUGGUAACAUUAUGCAUCUCCGUCUUAAAGGGGAACUCCACCGAUGUUACACGUCAAAGUCUGUUUACAGGUGUUGGACAGUACUACUGCAUAUGUGAAAAAAGUUGUUUAAAGCCUUUUGUGGCUCCAGAGGCAGCUGCGCGUAGUCGGAUAAAUUACCUCAAGUGAUGUCACAUGAGUCAGCGUCGGUUGGGGCUGAAGACUACAAGUUUGAAAAUUUAAAAAAUCGGGGUGUGGAGUUUGAAAGAAGUGAACUUACCAGACCUCUGUAGCCCUUGAGGCUAGUGGCUUGAGGCUACAUUAGCCGCUACUAGCAUAACACACCUGAAUCCCUGACAAACUGUCAGUGGUCGAGUUGCAUUGUGGGUAAUGAAGGUUCCAGGUUUUGACAAGGAAGAAGACUGCAUUGAAUAAAAAAGAUGAUUUCUGUUAAUGUAAAAGCAGUGCAACGCUAAAUCGGUGGGGUACUCUUUCAAGACUCUCAGUUAUAUGUUGACAUUUUUAGUUUUUAAAAUGUUUCUCACAGAAAAUGUUUAAAAUAGCAACCAAGUGAAUCAGGUCAGUGCUACCACAACCUGCUUUUAUGGCACGAUGUGUGAAAUAGGACACUACGCCUAUAAAAGAGUGAAUCUAUUUAAUUUUUUAUGAACAAAACAAAGGAUAAACAUUUUAUACAGUAUUUUUUUCUAUGCACAUGGCAUAAAUAUUAGCCAACAACAGUAUAAGCAUUUCAGUUUAUUUAUCUAAGAAUAAGUUGAGACUUAAUGUAAAGAAAAAAAGAAAUCCUCUCUGCCUCCAUGUUUGAUCAGAAAUAAUAGAAAUUCAAGUUUCCAUAUUGAACAUUCCUUUGAGUCAUCUCAUUAUUACACAUGGCAGCUUAUGGGAUAAUUUAUUAUGAGUUUCAAAAUUAGGCUUACAUUCCUCAUUCGAUGGGCCUUUAAUGGUUGUCUCUUUGCCACUUAUUAGUAUAAUAUUAGCAAUGAACUUUCACAAUUGCUAAUUCCUUUAAAUAUUUAUUUCCUAAUUUCUAAUCUAUUUCCAGAAAUUCGUUGAAACAAGAAUUAUUUUAUAAUACCGAAAUAUUAUAGUCUAUAUAUAUACAUAUAUAUCAGAUUUCCUCUAGUAAGGAGCAUUAAUGUUUCAUGCAGUAAUGUAAAUGAAAAUAUGGUAAUCUCACCAGACAAUUACUGAUUGUAGAUUGUGGCUGAUCAUUAUUUUCGUAUUUAUAUUGCAACCAUAUUGAAACACUUUUGCAACAACCUGUUAAAUCAUAUGGGAAAAAACAAGCUUACUUUUCACAUAUGAUGAAGAAAACAUAAACAAUUAUAAGAGAAGUAAAUAAAUCUGUUGACACCAGCUGAAUGUCUUUAAAUUCCUCCAUUUAGAGUUGCAGAUUUGCCAUGAAGCAUCUUUAUAACAUUGACACAUCUCUUCCACGCCUCUGUCAUAUUAAAACUGUCAAAGCUUUGUUUCAUCGAGAUACAGUAAGAAGUCAGUGAGAAGAAAAUUCUGUUGUGUUUUGAUUUUUGAAAGUGUGGUGACCUUGUUUUAUUUAUUCAUUUUUACAUGUGGUUCUUAGAUUCUUUCUUUAAACAGUCUCAAAACUUGUUACAAAAGCCAGUGUUCUGUAAUGACCAGCGUGUAUGCCGUGGUAAAUAAUGUUUUGAAUUAAAGAUUUUAUUUACUUUGAAAA